AUGAUCAUGAAUCACCAAUACGGACAAGAGGAAGAUUUGUAUAGCUUCGGAGAGGGCAUGGAUGAGGAUAUGCAAGGAGCAUUUGGCAAUGCCUUUGCAAAUUAUGGAUAUAAUUCUACAGAGACGUUGCUCAAUGAUUUCGGAGAUUCAAUGAGUACGAACCAAGGAUAUCCAGCAACGCGAGGUGGGCCCAUGAGACCAUCAUUGCAAACGGGAAACCCUUGGGGAGGUAUGACAGGUACAGCUGCAAGGGGUGCGUUUGUUGGAACCGCUUCGGCAAUGCUUGCUGGAGAGGAAAUACAACAAAGACCAAUGACUUCUAUUAAUGCUGCUGGAUUCUCGUCUAAAAAGAAAGAUCCCCUCUCGGAAAACUUUGUGGGAGGUAGAGGACGGGCUCCUCCUCUUCAAAAGAAGAGCGAAAAGAGUGAUGCAUAUAUGGCUGUUGAAAUGGAGCUAAAUAUUCAUAAAUCCAUUGAACAGAGUGCCAUGUUAUGUCAUACCAAAGACUUUGCCAUGGCAUUGGACAAAGCAAAGGAAGCUGAAAAGAGAGAAAAGGCAUUGCUGCGUUUCAAGCAAGAGAAGCAAUUAAAUCAAGAUCCAAACCAUGAGCUAUCGUACGCAGUUCAAUUUAACUUGGCAAGAGCUUAUCAAUUAAACGGCAUGUAUACUGAGGCAUUGGAUACCUAUGAUGCCAUUGUGCGAAAUAAGGAAUUAGAGCAUGCUGGAAGGCUUCGAGUGAAUAUUGGGAAUAUAUUUUUCGAGAAGGGAGACUAUCCACUUGCAAUUAAAAUGUACAGAAUGGCUCUGGAUCAAAUUACAAAUGACUACAAAACAAUUCGAAACAAAAUCAGGAAAAAUAUUGGAGUGGCUCUUAUUAAAAUAGGCCAAUAUUCGGAUGCCAUUGCUAAUUUUGAAGAAGUGAUUGAAAAUAAUAAUAAUGACAUAGAUGCUGCGUUCAACCUCGUAGUAUGUCACUACAGCACAGGAAACAAAAAGGAAAUGAGAAAAGCAUUUUUGAGGUUGUUGAAUGUAAAUAUUCCAGGACUGCCAGCUGAUGAAGAUUUGGAUGAUGAGUACAAUUCUCUUAUGAAUGAUGGCUUGAGGGACUAUUUAAAGGAUUAUCAACGAAAGCAAUAUGAUUUCAUUUUGAAGAGUGCAAAACUAAUUGCAGAGCUCAUUGAGGACGACUGGGAAAAGGGCUACGAUUUUGUAUUGAGCAAUUGA